AAACAAAUCCAAAUUAAUUCUCUUUUGUUUUUUUCAUUAUUAGUUCAUUUCUUGUUUGUAUUUAUAUAAUAUUAUCAUGUUUGGAAUACAUAAAAGAUAUAGCCAUUGGAAGAAGAUGAAGUUUCUAAGUGUUCUCGUGCUUGUAUUAUUGGGAAGUAGCAUCAAGGCCUAUAGUGAAAUUUCUCAAAUUUCUUUGAAAGAAAUCAGUAAUAUCAAUAGCCAAGGACCAUAUAUUGGUAUAGUUGUGCCAAAUGCCUAUGAGUUGAAGCCUCUUCUUCACUCAUCCAGUUUUGUGCCUCAUAACAAGUUUCUUUACUUUGACUUUGCUGGAAAACAUUUUCGCAUUGGUGAAUUGGAAAAGAAGAAAGUUAUUGUUGUUAUGAGUGGAGAGGGUAUGAUAAAUGCAGGUCUUGCUACCCAAUUGUUGCUUACUUUGUUUAAUGUAGAAGGAGUUCUUCAUUAUGGAAUUGCUGGUAAUGUAAAUUCUAAAUUCCAAGUUGGAGAUGUGACUAUUCCACAAUAUUGGGCUCAUACAGGACUUUGGCAUUGGCAGAGGUUUGGUGAAGACAUUGGAGAUUUCAACAGAGAAUUUGGCUAUCUAAAGUUUUCCAAUUACAAUAACUAUACAAAACAUUCAAAAUCAGUGGAAAAUCUUUUGAACACGGUUUGGUAUCUACCGGAGCAAAUUUUUCCUGUGGACGGAGCUCUUGAAGUAAAGCAACAUGCUUUUUGGGUUCCGGUUGACAAAAAAUACUUUGAAAUUGCAAGAAAACUCAAGAAUGUUGAAUUGAGUAGUUGUGUUAACAAAACUUGUUUGCCAAGAAAGCCAAUUGUGGUGAGAGUAAAGAAAGGAGUAAGUGCCAAUGUGUUUGUUGACAAUAAAGCUUAUAGAAAUCAUUUGAAGUCCAAGUUUGAUGCUACUCCAACUGACAUGGAAAGUGCUGCGGUUGCCUUAGUUUGUUUUCAACAAAAAAUACCUUUCAUUGCCAUUAGAGCAUUGUCUGAUUUAGCAGGAGGAGGUUCUGCAUUGACUAAUGAAGCAUCUAUAUUUUUAUCAUUAGCCUCUCAAAAUGCAUUUGAUGUUCUUGUCAAAUUCAUCUCUUUGUUGUAAUUUAGUAACUUUAAUGUGUUUCUUGAAAGGGUGAUGAUUGUCCCACUUAUAAAUAUAUGUUCAGAUCAUAUAUUAUCCGAUGUAGAACUCUUAACAAACAUGAAGACGCAGGGGAACAUUAUAUGCCAUUUUUAGAAUAGAAUCAGAUGUUAUCUCCCUUUAUAAAAGUAAAUAAAAGAACGAGAUGCCGUCUAUAAUGAUUAAAUAAUCUUGCUGAAGAAUAACGCAAGUAUUAUUCUUAUGUGGUAACCAUGCAAA